ACCAUGAUCAAGGAAUUCACAAAGGAAACAAAGGAAUUCACAAAGGAAACGGGUUUGCAAAGGGGAACGGACUUUUCCUCCAUGGAGUACAGAGACUUGGUGGAAAUCCUUGUUGACUAUCUGCGGGAUAAGAGAUAUUUCCUUGUGUUUGACGAUGUGUGGAGCAUAGAGUUUUGGAAGCUGAUUUGUGUCGCUCUUCCCGACGAUAUUCGCGGAAGUCGUUUGAUGAUUACUACUCGUGAUGAGAGAGUGGCAAAUUUUUCAUAUGGGUCUGAGAGCCGAGUCCAUCAUGUUCAAUCCCUUAGUGUGGACAAAGCUUGGGAGCUUUUCUACAAGAAUGCUUUCCCAAGAAAUCAUGAACAAAGCGUAUCACCAAAUAUAGAACCUAUGGCCAGAAAUCUGGUUCAUAAGUGCAAAGGCCUACCGUUAGCUAUUGUGACUCUAGGUAGUAUGAUGUCAACAAGAAGAUCAGAAACAGAAUGGAGGAAAGUUGAAAAUAGGCUGAAUUGGGAGCUAAGUAACAAUCCCGAGUUGAAGGAUAUUCACCGUUUCUUACUUCUUAGUUUCAGUGAUUUGCCAUACCCACUUAAACAUUGCUUCUUGUUCAGCAGUAUUUUCCCCGAAGAUGACAAAAUCGAAGGUAAAAGUCUGAUAAGAAUGUGGAUGGGACAAGGUUUUGUUGAUUCGCACAGAGGAGUAGAACUAGAGGAAGUGGCGGAUGGUUACCUCAUGGAGCUUGUUUAUCGAAAUUUGCUUCAAGUCGUAUCACGUAACAUCCACGGGCGGCCUAAGGCAUUCAAAAUGCAUGAUAUGGUUAGGGAGGUUGCUUUGAUUGUGUCUAAAGAAGAGAGGUUUGGCGAUAUAUAUAAUGACGAGAUCGAAGAAGGCCAACAUAAUGAAACUCGUCAUUUAUGCAUUCAAAGGGAGAUGAGUUCAAAUAUGAUGACACGAUGGAGCAUCCACACUCUUUUGGUGCGUCCCACUAUUAGGCAGAAUAUUGGAUUACCGGAAGGUUUUAAGCUUUUGAGAGUAUUAGACCUUCGGAAUUCUGACAUGGAGAAGCUGCCGGAUUCAUUGGUAACGCUAUACAACCUAAAGUACCUAAGUUUGUGGGGAACGUUAGGGGUUGUAAAACUUCCAAAAUCCUUCCACAGACUCAUUAAUUUGGAGACAUUGGUGACCAAGUUUUCCGGAAUUGACGAGUUUCCGGUUGGAAUUUCAAAACUGCGAAACUUGCGAUAUCUAAUUGUUGAAUGUGACACACGCAUGAAGGAUUCCUCCGACAUUUGGCAAUUGAAGAGAUUGCAGGUCUUAGAUGGCAUCCAUGUAGAAACGCAGUUUAUCAAGAACCUUGGUAAAAUGACGAAGCUCACAAAGAUUGGCCUAUGGGAGGUGAGGAAAAAUCAUGAAAACGACUUGUCUGAUUCUCUCAAUAAACUAUCGGAUCUUAGGUCAUUAUCUCUAUUUUCAAUGGAUGGAGAAAUUUUACCGAUAGAUGCGUUAUCACAUACUACAAAAAUCGAGAAGCUUCAGCUCGCCGGUAAGCUUGAGAGAUUGCCCAACUGGUUCAAGACUCUUCACAAACUUACUCGGCUGAGAUUGGGUGCAUCUAGUUUGGGAGAAGAUGCAAUCUCUUGCAUCGGAGGAAUCCCUAAUUUGGUUAAGCUUUCCAUUUACAACAAUGCAUAUGAGGGGGAUAGGUUAUGCUUUCAAGAAGGAUUUCCAUGUCUGAAAGUGUUAGAGGUAAGUACGAUGCGGCGUUUGAAAGAUAUUGUUAUAGCGAAAGGCGCAAUGCCGCAUCUGCAGAAGCUGAAGAUCGGGUAUUGCAAAGGGGUAAAGAGAGUGCCCGAUGGCAUUGAAAAUCUUACCAAACUUGAAAAACUCUCUCUAUUUGAAGCUUCAGAUGAGCUGUUAGGGAGAAUCCGCGGAGAGAAUGGCAUAGACCGCUUAAAAGUUAAUCACAUUCCAAUCAUAAAGUAUGUUUCCAUGGCGGAAGAUGGUUUAAUUUCCACAGAGAAGCUAUAAUGAAGGAAAAGAAAGAAGUUCUCUUCAUGUCCUCGGAUUGUAUUUGUCUUUUUCUCCGCUUAUUUUUCCAUCAGUUUUUUUGUUUUAAAAUUUCAUAUUCGUGGAACACUGUUCAUAUUUGUGGUAUGUCAUUCUAUUUCCAAACCAUAUCUGUAAUUUGCAAUAUGAGUUUCUAUGGCUUUUAGAAACAAUCUAUGCUUUCCA